GAUUUGAGGACUAACAUGGAAAAAGCUGUGUCUCGUUGCCGCUGUGGACGAUCUCGAAAGCCACCGCACUGCUGCGCGAUGUCUUCUCUCGUCGGAUGCAACGGCGCCAACUCCUCCGGUUUCGCGGAGAUCGUCGUGGUGCGACACGGCGAGACCACCUGGAACGCCUCCCGGAUCAUCCAGGGGCACUUGGAUUCAGAACUAAAUGAGACUGGGAGACAACAAGCAAUUGCGGUGUCUAUUCGACUGUCUAAAGAACGUAAAUGGGAAGCCAUAUACUCAUCUGAUUUGAAGCGAGCUGCUGAGACUGCACAGAUUAUAGCAAAAAGUUGCAAUUUACCAGAGGUAAUAUUGGAUCCAACAUUGAGAGAAAGACAUCUGGGGGAUCUUCAGGGCUUAACGUUACAUGAUGCUGCAAAGCUAAAGCCUCAAGCCUACCAGCUUUUCUUAUCUCCCAAGAGAGAUCAGGAAAUUCCUGGUGGUGGAGAAAGCCUGGAUCAACUUCAUGAGCGAUGUGUUUCAUCACUGGAAAGAAUAGCUAGAAAGCACGAAGGAGAAAGAGUGGUUGUAGUCACUCAUGGUGGUGUCCUGAGAGAACUCUACAAGCGGGCUGCCCCAACAGGGUCAAUCAAUAGGAAGAUACACAACACCUCAGUGAAUGUGUUCCAUAUUUCUGAUAGUGGUGGACGUUGGAUCAUUAAGACAUGGGGUGACAUAAGCCAUCUUCAAGAAACCGGGGUUCUUGAUAGUGCUUUUGGCGGUGAUGGAACUUCUGCAUAGUUUUUGCUCGUCCGGUCCAGUAAUUGGUGCAACCUUAUUGGUCGUGGUGAAGAAAAUAAGAUAUAAUGAUCAUUUAAAAAGCUAUAUAGAUGAGACUUGGGAUCAAAUAUGUUAAGCCAUUCCUCCAAGAAAGGGUGAUGAAGAGUCUCCCAAGGAACAAACGAGUCAGCUAGUAAUUACAGUGCUCUUGCUCAUUUCAACUGGAGUUACAUGGGCUAGAUCUUUGUUUUCUUAAUUUGAGAACAGCUAUAUUUAUAUAUGAUUUUGUCUGUCCUAUUCUGAUGAUUGGAAUUUGCCUGAUGUUUGUCUCGUUCAUCAGGGAAUGGUUUUUGUAGCAUGGAUUUUUUUUUUCAUGAUCUUUAAUAUUACAAGUAUCUGCAUUUUAAGAUCU